AUGCGUUUCCCAAAAGAAAAGCUGUUCAAACACUUCAUAUAUCGUAACGCGAUACUAUCGUCGAUUCUCGAGAUGGGAAGGUUUCCGCUUAUGCGUGAGCUUUCCGAGUUAGGUCUGUUGACUCAGUCAAGCAACUUUGAAUGGGUCAACGCCGACGCCUCACUUCAUCCCUUCCGUGCGCUAGAGCUGGAUGCCCUAAAGGAUCUAUCUGUGCUGACUGUCCCGUUGUUUCACGCAUUGUUCUUUUCCUCCCUUUAUCAAACUUUUGACCCCAGUCUUACCAAACGUGAGGCGGCGUUAAUUAGCGGUUUGUCGGUCGCUGGGCAUCGAUGCAUUUCGCGAAUUUUGUCACUUUUCAUGAAUCCAAGUGUUGGAUAUCCCCACCCACGAAACUCGCCAAGCCUCAUGCAAGGUGCUUCUAAUCAGCCCAAGUGCGUUCAUCUCAAAAUAGCGGCACUACUUAUUAAUUCCAUGACAGCGGAUUCGCAGGUCGACACACAGUCUUUAGCGAGCGUUCUAUAUGAGGUAGACGUCUUACCGACGCAGGUUUUGGCGUCGUUUCUCUCGAUUCCAGCCUCGCCCAAAUUACUGAAGCUUAUUGUGGAUCACACGGUGAGGACAAACGGCGGUCACCUCGAUGCCGCCCUUUUUCCGUUGCUGUUAGGGUCACUUUUGAGCAAUGAUAACUUCUUCACCGCAUCAUACUUUGAUGCCAUGCAUGCGGUGGUUCGUAAUCAUGUCCUUCUUCACGUCGGUGGUAAAGGCAUCCAUUUCGACUAUGUAUCUGUCCGAUGGACGCCGUUAAUGAAUAAAUGGGCACGCGUGUAUACAAAGAAAUUAAAAGCCUAUGAGCUCUACGAGUGCUAUCAGAUUCUCCUAGGGAACGUUCCUGCGGCGGAAACGAAGCUUCCGUGCAGCUUCUACGUCCGCCUCAUUGGGUUAAUAAUGGACUGUGGGGUGAAUAAGGACGCUGUGGGAUCGCAGUCGCGGCGGGAUUGCUGGGAGCGACUUCGGGAGGUUGCCGUUCAGGCGCUGCGGCUUUUCGGUGGCAAUCCGAACGACCUGCGGGUGGUUUGGACGGUGCUUCUGAAGGCGGCGCUAACCUUGGAACCACUUAGUGAUGACUGGCAGCGUACACUCGAGGCUUACCACAUAUGUGCCCAGUCUUGCCACCUCGUGAAGGUGGAUCGGGGAGGUUUUCUGCAGGUAGUUCGACUGGUUGGCGCGACCAUUGUGCGGGAGCCACUUGACGCCGUCGAGCAGGCGAUUAUUAAAUUCUUGGAAUUUUUGAAAGAACAGCGUAACGCGAGUUUCAUGUGGUUGCUAGACGGUGUAGGGGUCUUGUUGAGUGAUUUGUGGAAUACGCACGGUGCCAAGGCGCGUCCACACGCGCUUCUCCUACAAGACGCAUUACAAAAAAUACUCAACGAUCGAAAUAUCACCGGUGUAACUCUUGAAAAUAACCCCACUAUUAAGCGGACGUUGGAGUGGUUUUCUAUCGGUGAGGCCACACCAUUUUGGUGGCAGUGCGGUUGCGGGGCAGAAUUGCCGGCCUCCUCCAAGCGCUGCAUCGGCUGCCUCCGGAGCUCGACGAGCAAGAUAUCCUGGACGUGUGGUCAGUGUGGGGAAUGCCAUCGCUCGCCCUGUCAUUGCCAGAUCUGCAACUGUGGGGCCGUCAACCCGCGGUGUAGCAUGGCCACCAAAAGCGGCUACGCUCUUUGCAAAGACUGCGGGGAGACCCUUGCGCGGGGUGACCUCUGCUGCCAGCGGUGUAAACAGCACAAUAUGAAGGCCUCUCAACGAGUAGUUUGUCGGCGUUGCCGCUCUUCACAUGGUGCCAACAAUCUGUACUGCCCUUUUUGUUUUAUUGUGAAUACCGAACGACCACUUCACCUGUGGCAUUGCGGCGCCUGUCAGGAGUACAACUACUCGACGUGGUCCUCAUGCCAGGGUUGCCGUGCAGUGCGGAAGGCAGAAUGCAUUACGAUGCCCUUUUUGCCCUGGUUAUGUGGCUGCGGGGCCGCAAACCACCCAUGCCGGCUGGUCUGCGAAACUUGUUCGUCCGGUGUCCCCUCGGUAGGGGGUAAAAAAGAAAAAGCGAAAGCGCUUCCUUCGCCAUCCUACACCUGCGUGGCGUGUCAAAAUAAGUGCUUUAUGGCAAAUGUCACGCAAACCAAAAUCACUAUCGGGACCAUUUCGCUUCGAAUUCACAUUUGUGAACACUGCAAAGUUGUCCACCCACGUGAUCGCGUGGUGCUCUCUGCAUCUUCCCUGUCGCGGCAUUGCAUGAUCUGCAGUUCGGUGGUUGACCAGGAAAAAAUUUCAUCCGACGGCGAAUUCUAUCACUGUGGGGCUCUCCAACGACUAAAUGAAAACAUUCCCUUUCGCUGUUGUUAUUGCAAAGAAACGACGUACCUCUCAGUUGGUUUUCACUGUAGCAACUGCGGUUGGCCUAGGCCGGAGAUAGAGAAUGUCAGUCAGCCAUAUUUCAUCUGGCAGUGCCUAAAAGAGAUUUUAUCGGACUCGGCGUGUUGUGGAACGUGGAACUACAGCUGGUGCUCACAGUGCACGUCGUGUGGUCAAGGUCGAUCAAACUCCCCGUGGGAAUACCAAGCGCGUGCGUAUUCGUGGCAAUGUGAUCGAUGCCUCAACUUUAACCGCCCUAUAGACGUCUUGAAGUGUAGCCACUGUGCGAAGGGUACCCAGCCAGCACUCAUGUAUCUUACAAACAAUGAAUCAAGUUUUACUCAGUGCAAUAUGACGACCUAG